GUUAGCGGCGAGAGCAGCAUGGAGUAGGCGCAAGGGGGGACGGCGAGCAAUAGCAAUGCAGCAACGCGGCGAACUUCCACUCAACUUCAAAACGCGAUUCAUUUCCCGCCUCUGAGAGAACCAUGUAUUCUCCGUACUGCCUGACACAGGAUGAAUUCCAUCCCUUCAUCGAGGCUCUCCUCCCGCAUGUGCGGGCGUUCUCAUAUACCUGGUUCAACCUGCAGGCCCGCAAGCGCAAGUACUUCAAAAAGCACGAGAAGCGCAUGUCCAAGGACGAGGAGCGUGCCGUCAAAGACGAACUCCUGGGCGAGAAGCCCGAGAUCAAGCAGAAGUGGGCGUCGCGGCUGCUGGCCAAAUUGCGCAAGGACAUCCGGCCGGAGUUCCGCGAAGACUUCGUGCUCACCAUCACGGGGAAGAAGCCGCCGUGCUGCGUGAUCUCCAACCCCGACCAAAAGGGCAAGAUCCGCCGCAUCGACUGCCUGCGGCAAGCUGACAAGGUCUGGCGCCUGGACCUGGUGAUGGUGAUCUUGUUCAAGGGGAGCCCGCUGGAGAGCACGGAUGGAGAGAGACUGGUCAAGUCCCCGCAGUGCUCGAACCACACCCUGUGCGUGCAGCCGCACCACAUCGGAGUGUCCGUCAAGGAGCUGGACCUGUACCUGGCCUACUUCAUCCACAUGCCAGAAUCUGGGCAAUCAGACAAUUCCAAUCAACAAGGAGAGUCGGACAUCAAACCCCCACCAAACGGACAUCUGAGUUUUCAGGACUGCUUUGUGACUUCAGGGGUGUGGAACGUAGCCGAGCUGGUACGAGUGUCUCAGACCCCUGUUGCAACAGCAUCAGGUCCUAAUUUCUCUCUUGCGGAUCUGGAAAGUCCCGGUUACUACAAUAUCAACCAAGUAGCACUCAGCAGACGUUCACUUGCCUCUCCUCCAUCCACAAGGUCUGAGGUGGAGCUGUACGCCAGUCUUCCUCGGAGCUCUAAUAAGCGUAAGUCUAUAGAUGACAGUGAGAUGGAGAGUCCUGUCGAUGACGUGUUCUACAGUCGUUCUCCAGCCGGCACCAGCUCCCAGUCCAGCGGCUGGCCGAAUGAUGUCGAUGCAGUUGCAGUGCAGCACCAUUUGACGAGUGUUCAAGAGAGGAAGAUAAAACAUGAAAAUGAUGGUGUGCAGUUUCCUUACCAUGGGCUGUCCUCUCCUGGGUCUCUAAAGAAGCCAGCGGGGAAAUUCGAUUUCAGCGCCCUGUCAGCACAGACGAGGUCCCCCCGAAUGGCCUUCACACACCACCCGCUGCCCAUGCUGGCAGGCGUGAGACCAGGGAGUCCGCGUGCCUCAGCCUCUGCCCUUCAUUUUCCUGCUCCCUCCAUCAUCCAGCAGUCCAGUCCAUACUUCACCCACCCCACCAUCCGCUAUCACCACCAUCAGGACCCGCUCAAAGAGUUCGUCCAGUUCGUUUGUGCUGACGGCUCGGGGCAGCCGGGGGCACAGCCUAACGGGAGCGGUCAGAACAAACUGCCCGGCUCCUUCUUACUGCCACCUCCUCCUCCUCCGGUAGCGCGGCCGGUGCCGAUGCCCCUCCCCCUGCCCGAGCACAAACCCAGCCACACACACCCCGAGAGCGGAGUCGGCUCCCCGGCCUCGCCCUCAGCAUACCCAGCGCCAGGCUCCACAGCUUCCAACAGGUUUGUCGGCAUCGGAUCACGGGACAACUUUCUGAACAUCCCACAGCAGACUCAGUCAUGGUUCCUUUGACGAGACUUUUCAUAAACCACACAGACACAAAUCCACAAUGAAAACUGGAAAUGGAGUCACAAAGCUAAGUAUGGAACUUUCCCACAUGCCCCCCUGUAAAGUCUCUCUCACACACAAACACACGCACAAAUACACACACCAUUCCCCCAAACGAUGAGGGAUCUGGAAGACUUCAGCAUUACCCUGCCAGUCUGGACAGCUCGGAGAACCAAACAAAGGAACGACAAACCGACGUCUUCGUCGUGUUCCCGAGACAUCCAGCACAUAGACCAAUCCCGUCUACCUUCCUUUAAUUUGUUCAUCCACCAGUCAUAUGCCAUGGUGAGGAAAUCCAUCUCUUCCUAGUCAGAACUCUAUUCAGAAAUUGAAAUCAUCGAAAAGGGACAUUUGAAAUGGACAUGUAACCUGGAUGAUGUCAGACGCGUGUGAUUGGAUGGAGAGACUUGGCUGGAGCCUUCUGAUUGGCUCAGGCUUACACUUCCUAAUCUGGAUUUACUGAUUUUGGUGACGCCCUCCAGUGCAGUGUGAACUCGGCAUCCUCUCACUGUUUACCAGUUGACCAGCAAAACAACAGAUAACACUAACCGAGUGCAAUUCACCUAAAAUGUGAUUAAUGAUAAGGGAUGACAGAAGCUUUGGCCUUAGAUUUGAGAUGUGGAGUCAGGCUACAUGUUUUGUAAGGUAAAACACACACAGAUGAGUUCCAGCAGAGCAAUACACACACGUCAAUGACAGCACUACACAGCAUCAUAUAGACAGACAGCUGAUCACAGGAAUGGGAAGGGUCAAGCACGAGUGACUUUAAUGUCAAGCUUGUGACUCAACGAACAUUUUUCAUUUUGUAGUGUUUAUGAAUUAAAAGGCCAGUGAUUUGAGUCAUAAAACCGGUUCGCAUGAACUAACGAGGGUUUUGGCGCAUCCGUCGCUGACCUCUUCGCUAACAUCGAUCAAUUGGAGUGCUUGUGCAUCAUAUCAUAUAUCCUACAGUCAGCCCUGCACACAAGGGCUUCUUCUGCUUUACUUUGCGUUUAGUUUUGCAGUAAUUUUUUUUUUUUUUUUGAAUGUCAAAAUUAACAAAAAAAU